AUGGACUCUCUCGGUUCAUCACCACGAAAGGGCAUUUCCGCCUCGCCUACACUUCCAACUAUGAAGUCCUGCUCCAUCGCCGGAUCCAAGCGUUCCGCUCCGUCUCUGCUCCCGCCCUUUGAGCCGCUCUCUUCGUCACCACCAAACCUGCCACGACCCGUGAAGCGACAGAAUCUCGGCUCGGGCUCGGGCACAGGACGUUCUCGUGCUCACCUCAAGUAUCCUACUCCCGUUCCCACGUCGAGCACGGGUAUCUUGUCGAGUUCCCCGCCCCAACGGGCCGCAAGCGCUUCCGAGCGAGCCCCGCUCGCUGCCGUCCCCGCCGUUGAACUGUCGGAAAACGGCGAGACUCUUGUUAUGGGUCGAUCCUCCAACUCGUCCCACUACCAGAUUUCGGCCGACCGCCUUGUUUCCCGUGUCCAUGUCAAGGCUCGCUUCGUUGCUGCUGCCAGUCCUCUUGAGCCCAGCAAGAUUGAGAUUAUCUGCAAUGGCUGGAACGGACUCAAGCUGCACAGCCAGGGCCGCACUUGGGAGCUUUUCAAGGGCGAUAGUUUCACCAGUGAGACCGAGGGUUCCGAGAUCAUAAUUGACGUGCAGAACUCGCGUGUUUUGGUCCAAUGGCCUAAGCGGGCUCAUGACCAUCUUGCUGAGGCCCUUUGGGACUCUCCUCCCUGCCAGUCUCGUGCUCAGGCUAUUAUGCAAUCUUCCCCUCCUCGUCGUGCUUCUCGUAUUGCAUCUCCUGAGAGCCCCACGCCUGCUAGCCUGUCUAGCUCUCGUCGUCUCCAGUCCCUGCUGCCCGGACAGCGUGACAUCGAAAUCUACGAGGAUGAUGUUGAGCCUCGCCUGCCAGAGCACAAGCUUGACCCUACCAACAUCAAUGUUAGCAUGUGCAGCGAGCUGACUGCCAGCUUCAGCAGUGAAGUCAGUGAUGAUAUCGAGGAGCACAACCCUAAUGAGGAGAAUGACCCCAUCAUCCACUCCUUCGGACCCUUUGGCGCCGACAUUUCUUGCCGGUUGGCUUCGAUAAGCACAAAGUCUCCCAAGAUCUUCAAGGGCGCCAAGCGAGCUGUCAACCCUCUUCACAACUCUGUCGCUUCUGAUCUUUUUGCUCCUCGCCAUAUCCCUGCCCCUCCCCAGUCUCCUCGCAAGCAGGAGACCCGGGCUGAGUCUCCUCUCUCUUCGCCUCCUCGCAUCACUUCUCCCACUCCUACUCCUGAGGCCAAGAUGACCUUUGAGACCAACCCUGCUGUUGCCAACCAUGUCAUCAACCAGCUCGCCUUCUCGCGUCUGUCUUCAACCCCUCUGUCCACCAUCAUGGCUCACCUUCCCACCGAGGAGAAGCGAGACAUCACCAAGGAUGACCUUCGCGAUGUCAUCGAGAGCACUCCCUGCAUUGGCAUCAUCAAGCGCUCGGGCAAGGACGCCGCUGGCAAGCCUCUCGAGAGCGAGUACUACUACGUCCCUGAGCACGACGACGAUCAGUCUCGCCGCCUGGCUGUUACUGAUGGGCUUCGCAAGCCCAGCCUCCGAGCUUGUCGCAAGCAGCACAAGCAAUACUACUGGAAGCGACCUAAGACCCCUUGA